AUGCCGCGGGGCCGCCCCCCGAAGCCCAAGGAGAGCAAGGCGCGCGGCGACACCGAUGGAGUUUUAACAUUGAAUGCGGAGAACACUAAUUAUGACUAUCAAGUUCCAAACUUCCAUAAAUGUGAAAUCUGUCUGCUAUCUUUUCCAAAAGAGUCCCAGUUUCAACGCCACAUGCGGGAUCACGAGCGAAAUGACAAGCCACAUCGAUGCGACCAGUGCCCCCAAACCUUUAAUGUUGAGUUCAACCUGACCCUUCACAAAUGUACCCACAAUGGGGAGGAUCCUACUUGUCCCGUGUGUAACAAGAAAUUCUCCAGAGUGGCUAGUCUCAAAGCACAUGUUAUGCUGCAUGAAAAGGAAGAGAACCUCAUCUGCUCCGAGUGUGGGGAUGAGUUCACCCUGCAGAGCCAGCUGGCCAUCCACAUGGAGGAGCACCGCCAGGAGCUGGCUGGGAGCCGCAGUCACACCUGCAAGGCCUGCAGGAAGGAGUUCGAGACGUCCUCACAGCUCAAGGAGCACAUGAAGACGCAUUACAAGAUCAGGGUGGCCGGCACCAGGUCGUACAACAGGAACAUCGACAGGAGCAGCUUCACAUACUCCUGCCCGCACUGCGGAAAGACGUUCCAGAAGCCGAGCCAGCUGACGCGGCAUGUCCGGAUACACACAGGUGAAAGGCCAUUUAAGUGUAGCGAAUGUGGAAAAGCUUUUAACCAGAAGGGAGCACUGCAGACUCACAUGAUUAAGCAUACGGGUGAGAAGCCCCACGCCUGUGCCUUCUGUCCUGCCGCCUUUUCUCAGAAAGGGAACCUCCAGUCCCAUGUGCAGAGGGUUCACUCUGAGGUCAAGAAUGGCCCUACCUAUAAUUGUACAGAAUGUAGUUGUGUAUUUAAAAGUUUAGGUAGCUUGAACACUCACAUCAGCAAGAUGCAUAUGGGUGGACCACAGAAUUCAGCAGGCGCUACAGAGACUGCUCAUGUCUUAACGGCCACGUUGUUUCAGACUUUACCUCUCCAGCAGACGGACGCCCAGGUCCCGUCGGCUCCCGGUCAGCAGAGCUCGCAGGUGGUGACCGACGUCAUCCAGCAGUUGCUGGAGCUGUCGGAGCCGGGGCCGGUGGAGGCCAGCCAGCCGCCCCAGGCCACCCAGCAGCUGAGCAUCACCGUGGGCAUCAACCAGGACAUCCUGCAGCAAGCCUUAGAAAACAGUGGGCUGUCUUCAAUUCCAGUUGCAGCGCAUCCGAGCGACCCCAGCCACACCAAGGCCGCGGCAGCUCAGGGCCAGACCCCAGAUGCUACGAGCGUUUCAAGUGAGCCAGCUGACCCUACAGACACAGAGCAAGAGAAAGAGCAGGAAAGCCCAGAGAAGCUGGAUAAAAAGGAGAAAAAGAUUAUAAAGAAGAAAUCACCGUUUCUACCAGGGUCGAUCCGCGAGGAGAACGGUGUGCGCUGGCACGUGUGCCCCUACUGCACCAAGGAGUUCCGCAAGCCCAGUGACCUGGUGCGCCAUAUCCGCAUCCACACCCAUGAGAAGCCCUUCAAGUGCCCCCAGUGCUUCCGGGCCUUCGCCGUGAAGAGCACGCUGACCGCCCACAUCAAGACGCACACGGGCAUCAAGGCCUUCAAGUGCCAGUACUGCAUGAAGAGCUUCUCCACCUCGGGGAGCCUCAAGGUGCACAUUCGCCUGCACACAGGAGUCAGACCUUUUGCUUGUCCUCACUGUGACAAGAAGUUCCGAACCUCAGGCCACAGGAAGACUCAUGUUGCCUCUCACUUUAAACACACGGAGCUGAGAAAGAUGAGGCACCAGCGUAAACCUGCCAAGGCCCGCGUGGGCAAGGCGAGCGUCCCAGUCCCAGACAUUCCUUUGCAGGAGCCGAUUCUCAUAACAGACGUAGGUCUUAUCCAGCCCAUUCCAAGGAACCAGUUAUUUCAAAAUUAUUUUAAUAACAGUUUUGUAAAUGAAGCAGAUAGACCAUACAAGUGUUUUUACUGUCAUCGUGCCUAUAAAAAAUCUUGUCAUCUUAAACAGCACAUCAGGUCCCAUACAGGCGAAAAGCCCUUUAAGUGUUCUCAGUGUGGAAGAGGCUUUGUUUCUGCAGGCGUGCUCAAAGCGCACGUGCGAACGCACACAGGCCUGAAGUCUUUCAAGUGUAUGAUCUGUAAUGGCGCUUUCACGACCGGGGGGAGCCUCCGGCGGCAUAUGGGCAUCCACAACGACCUCCGCCCCUACAUGUGCCCCUACUGCCAGAAGACAUUUAAGACCUCGCUCAACUGCAAGAAACACAUGAAAACCCACAGAUAUGAGCUCGCCCAGCAGCUCCAGCAGCAUCAGCAGGCCUCCUCCAUGGACGACAGCACCGUGGACCAGCAGGGCAUGCACGUGUCUACCCCAAUGCAGGUGGAGAUUGAAAGUGAGGCGCUGCAGCCCAGCGCCGAGGCUGUGGCCGCCAACCCCGGGGCCAUGCUGGAGUUGGGGCCGCCGCACGGUGUGAGCGCCGAGGAGGCGGGGCUGGGCCCGCAGAUGGCGGGGCAGCCUUUGGAGGCAGAGGAAGACAGGUUCGUGGCCCCACAGCAGGCCCUGCAGGGGCACGUGGACCAGCUUCACGAGCAGGCACCCUCUCAGCAGUCCUUCGAAUCGUCUGGCUUGUCUCAGGGUUUUACAGUGACUGAUACGUACAGUCAGCAGACCCCAUUCCCCCCUGUCCAGCAGUUACAAGAUUCUAGCACACUGGAGUCCCAGGCCCUCUCCACGAGCUUCCACCAGCAGAACCUCCUUCCCGUGCCUGGCACCGACACCAUUAAUGUAACAACUCGUUUGAUUCAGGAGUCCCCGCAGGAGGAGAUGGACCUGCAGCCUCCGCGCCCCCCGUUCCUGGAGGGGACGGAAGAGCAGAGCCGACGCUCCUACAGGUGUGACUACUGCAGCAAAGGCUUUAAGAAGUCCAGCCACCUGAAGCAGCAUGUGCGCUCACAUACAGGGGAGAAGCCCUACAAGUGCAAGCUCUGCGGACGUGGCUUCGUCUCCUCUGGGGUCCUCAAGUCCCACGAGAAGACGCACACCGGAGUCAAGGCCUUCAGCUGCAGCGUGUGCAGCACCGCCUUCACUACCAACGGCAGCCUCACCAGGCACAUGGCCACACAUGUGAGCGCAAAGCCCUACAGGUGUCCGUUCUGCGAGCAGGGCUUCCGGACCACAGUGCACUGUAAGAAGCACAUGAAGAGGCACCAGACAGCUGCCUCGGUCGGGUCCGCGCCAGGAGAUGAGGACGGAGGAGAGAUGGGUCUGGAGGAGGAGGAGGACGGCUCCGAAAGAAGCACGUCCAGGAAGGCACGUCCCGAGGUCAUCACCUUCACUGAGGAGGAGACGGCGCAGCUGGCCAAGAUCCCGCCGCAGGAGAGCGCCACGGUCUCGGAGCAGGUGCUGGUACAGUCGGCUGCUGAGAAGGACCGCAUCAGCGAGAUGAAGGACCGGCAGGCCGAGCUGGAGGCGGAGCCCAAGCACGCCAACUGCUGCUCCUACUGCCCCAAGAGCUUCAAGAAGCCCAGUGACCUGGUUAGGCAUGUUCGAAUCCACACUGGAGAAAAGCCAUAUAGAUGUGAGGAAUGUGGGAAGAGCUUCACAGUGAAGUCCACCCUAGACUGCCACGUGAAGACUCACACAGGCCAGAAGCUCUUCAGCUGCCACGUGUGCAGCAACGCCUUCUCCACCAAGGGCAGCCUGAAGGUGCACAUGCGCCUGCACACGGGCGCGAAGCCCUUCAAGUGCCCGCACUGCGAGCUGCGCUUCCGCACGUCGGGGCGGAGGAAGACGCACAUGCAGUUCCAUUACAAGCCGGACCCCAAGAAGGCCCGGAAGCCUGCGACCCGGGCGGCGGCCGAGGGCACGCAGCCCGUGAGCGCGCCCCCCGCACCCUCCACCGACCCCGGCGUGUUCAUCAUGAACAGCCCGGUGCUGACCGGGCAGCUGGACCAGAGUCUACUGCAGCCUGGCCUGCUGGGCCAGGCCGUCCUCCCAGCGUCAGUGUCAGCUGGUGGUGACUGGACAGUGUCUUUGACGGACGGGAGCUUGGCCACCCUGGAAGGCAUACAGCUACAGCUGGCAGCUAACUUGGUGGGGCCCAAUGUCCAGAUCUCUGGGAUCGACGCCUCCACUGUCAAUAACAUCACGCUGCAGAUUGAUCCGAGUGUCCUGCAGCAGACCCUACAGCAGGGCAACCUGCUUGCUCAGCAGCUGACCUCGGAGACUGGCCUGACCCCGCAGGGCAGCUCCCUGCAGACACCGGACAGUACGGUCCCGGCCAGCGUGGUCAUCCAGCCCAUCUCAGGCCUGUCCCUGCAGCCCACGGUGACUUCUGCCAACCUGACCAUAGGCCCGCUUUCGGAGCAGGACUCGGUGCUGACCACCAGCAGCAGCGGGACACAAGACCUCUCUCAGGUGAUGACCUCACAAGGCCUGGUCUCCACCUCCGGCGGCCCCCAUGAGAUCACCCUGACCAUUAACAACUCAAGCCUGAGCCAGGUGUUGGCCCAGGCUGCUGGGCCAGCUGCCGCGUCGUCCUCGGGGCCUCCACAGGAGAUCACCCUGACCAUCUCUGAACUUAACGCCACAGCUGGAAGCCUGCCUCCCACGACGCCGCUGUCGCCAUCUGCCGUCUCUGCGCAGAGCCUGGUCAUGUCCUCGUCCGCGGUGGGGGCCGAGGCCAGCGUCACACUGACCCUGGCGGACACCCAGGGCUUGCUCUCCGGGGGGCUGGACACCGUCACGCUCAACAUCGCUUCUCAGGGUCAGCAGUUCCCAGCCUUACUCACGGACCCUUCUCUCUCGGGCCCUGGGGGCGCGGGCUCACCCCAGGUCAUCUUGGUGAGCCCCCCUGCACAGUCGUCGUCUGCCUGUGAGGAGAUCACCUACCAGGUGACGGACGUCUCCGCCAGCCUGGCCCCGGGCGGCGCGCCCGAGAAGGAGGCCCGGCUGCACGCGUGCCUGGAGUGCGGCUGCAGCUUCACCUCGGCCGGCCUGCUGCUGCAGCACAGCAAGGCGGCCCACGGGCGUGAGCGCAUCCACGUCUGCCCCGCAUGCAGGAAGGCCUUCAAGCGCGCCACGCACCUCAAGGAGCAUAUGCAGACGCAUCAGGCCGGUCCCUCCUUAAGCUCUCAGAAGCCGCGGGUGUUCAAGUGUGACACAUGUGAGAAGGCCUUUGCCAAGCCCAGCCAGCUGGAGCGCCAUAGCCGCAUCCACACAGGGGAGCGGCCUUUCCACUGCACGCUCUGCGAGAAGGCCUUCAACCAGAAGAGCGCGCUGCAGGUGCACAUGAAGAAGCACACGGGGGAGCGGCCGUACAAGUGUGACUACUGCGUCAUGGGCUUCACGCAGAAGAGCAACAUGAAGCUGCACAUGAAGCGGGCCCACAGCUACGCAGGGGUGGUGCCAGAGCCCGUGGGCCAGCAGGACCAGGGCGCAGAGGCGCUGAGCCACGCGCUGCACCUGGACGAGGUGGUCCCAGAGCCCGCGAGCGAGUGGCAGGCCCUGGCCAACGUGUUCUGA